UGGAGGGGAAGGACCCUCCCCACAGCCUCGUUCACAGCGAGCCGCAAGAAUUUCCCUGCCUCUGAUUGGCCAGCUCCGAUACAACGGCGAUCUAAUCGACAGCCUUUGGUUCAAGCCUCCGCCUCGUGCACGGCACGGAGCGUAUCCUCCCCAACCAACCAAUGGGCCCCGCCCACAGAUUUCUUUUACCGUCACACUGGGCGGGUGUCAAUCAGAGCGAAAGACUUUGCUGAUUGGUUGGAAGUUACAGCACCUUUGCCCCGGGGCGGCCUUGGGCUGCUGGGCGCUUGCUGGCUGGUGCUAAAUGCCCACCGCUUCUGAGCGAGCGGGAUAACGGCCAUGGCUCCCCACCGCGCUGCGGAGGAAGCAUGUGUCAGCGGGGCUCAGCUCAUCGCCGAGGCCCUAAAGACACAAAGACACCUUUACUGCCAGUUUUACAGUUUUCCUGAAUUAUCAGCCUGCCCACUCCCUGCCUCUUGGGCCAAGUCUACAGUACAAAAUGAUGUUGACCUAACUUACAUCAGCAUAUAGCAACCGCUCAUUGGUUAUCAGUUUAUCCAGGGUAAAGUAUCCUGCUAACUGCAGCAAAGCCAGCAUACUUCCCUAACAUACUGUGAACUGGGAAGCCCAAAUGAGAUGGAGCAGAGAGAUGCCAGUAUUGCCAGCUGCAAGAGAUCAAAAAUCAUGAGUCAAACCCUCUGAAGAGAUGAAAAAAUCAUGAACAUUGAAUAUAUGUUUGGUAUUGUUGGUAUUCCAGUGACUGAAAUUGCAAUUGCAGCCCAAGCAAUUGGAAUAAAAUAUAUAGGAAUGAGAAAUGAACAAGCUGCUUGCUAUGCUGCCUCUGCUGUUGGGUACCUGACAGGAAAACCAGGAAUAUGUCUUGUGGUUUCUGGUCCAGGUCUCAUACAUGCUCUGGGUGGGAUGGCAAAUGCGAACAUGAAUUGCUGGCCUUUGAUUGUUAUUGGAGGUUCCUCUGACAGGAAUCAGGAAAUCAUGGGAGCUUUCCAAGAAUUCCCACAGGUUGAAGCUUGUAGGCUAUACAGCAAAUUUUCUGUCAGACCCAGCAGCCUAGAAGCUAUUCCUGCUGUUAUUGAAAAGGCAGUGAGGUGCAGUAUCUAUGGUCGCCCAGGUGCCUGUUAUGUUGACAUGCCCGGAGACUUUGUAAAUCUACAGGUGAACAAGAGCUCUGUCAAAUAUGUUAAGUGCUGUUUGCCGCCUCCUGUCUGCACAGCUGAGCACUCUGCUGUAUCUGAAGCGGCAUCUAUCCUUGCACAUUCCAGACAGCCUCUCCUAAUCAUUGGCAAAGGGGCUGCUUAUUCACGUGCUGAAAACAGCAUCAGAAAGUUGGUAGACCAGUGCGGGCUACCAUUUCUGCCUACCCCAAUGGGAAAAGGAGUUGUUCCUGACAACCAUCCAAACUGUGUAGCUGCAGCCAGAUCCAGGGCAUUGCAACAUGCUGAUGUAAUAAUAUUGUUUGGUGCCAGGUUGAACUGGAUUUUGCACUUUGGACUUCCACCAAGAUUUCGACCAGAUGUAAUGAUUAUCCAGGUUGAUAUUUGUGCAGAAGAGCUGGGGAAUAACGUGAGACCUGUAGCAAAUUUAUUAGGUGACAUAAAUGCCGUGACUGAGCAGCUUUUAGAACAACUUGUUCUAAUGGGAUGGAAACAUCCUUCUUAUUCAGAGUGGUGGAAGGGAUUAAGAGAGAAAAUGAAGAGCAAUGAAGAAACAUCCAAGGCAUUGGCAUUACAAAAGUCCCUGCCUAUGAAUUAUUAUACAGUAUUCCAUCAUGUCAGAGAACUGUUACCCAGGGACUGCAUUCUGGUUAGCGAGGGAGCUAAUACUAUGGACAUUGGACGCACUAUGCUUCCAAACUAUCUUCCUCGCCACAGACUCGAUGCUGGUACAUUUGGAACAAUGGGAGUUGGGCUAGGUUUUGCUAUAGCAGCUGCAAUGGUGGCUAAAGAUCAGACACCCGAGCAGCGAGUGAUCUGUGUAGAAGGAGACAGUGCUUUUGGAUUUUCUGGCAUGGAAGUGGAAACUAUUUGCAGGUAUAACUUGCCAGUUGUAAUUAUCAUAGUUAACAACAAUGGGAUAUACCGUGGUUUGGAUGCAGAUUCCUGGAAGGAGAUGUUAAAAUCUGGAGAACCAACUGUUUGUGCACCCCCUGUUUGUCUCCUGCCAAAUUCUCACUAUGAGCAGAUGAUGUCAGCAUUUGGGGGUAAAGGAUACUUUGUAAAAACACCAGAGGAACUGCAAAAUGCCCUGAAAGCAAGCCUGGCAGAGAAGCAAGUGCCUUCCCUUAUCAAUGUAAUGAUCAACCCACAAGCUGACAGAAAGCAGCAGGAUUUUCACUGGCUGACUCGUUCUAAUAUGUAACAAAAGAUGCAGUGUGUGAUGAUCCUAGCCAAUACAUCGGCUUCAACCAAACCAAUCAUUUUCCAGGAGUGAAACAGCUAAAGCUAUAUUUUAUCAUUAUUUACAUAAGAUUGUAAAAUCCUAGUUUUGUUUCACUUUUUAAAAAAAAAAAACACUUAUACACUACUGUAAUAGCAGUAAUCAACAAAAGAGACCCCUAAAUGUACAUCAGAGUGUCCACUCAAAGGAAGUCUUCCUUUUAUGGCUAUGAACCAGAUCAUAUAGAAACACUUGAAUGAUAAAAUCAUUCUUUUCUUUUUACUACAAAUGUAACAGAUCAGACUUGUCAAUUAAAUCCUUAGUCCUUCCGGGGGCUGGGAGGGUAAAGGGAAUUUGUUGUUUACAAAUGGAAAAAAAUCUUCGCAAUCAUAGUCUGUCCUUUGUUUUGGGGUUGUUUUCCCCCUCUUGAUCAACAUCCUGCUUACCAGAAAGCUUUUUUUUAUAGACCCCAAGUCUCUUACUCAGGGUUGGCACCUCAGUGAGAGGUGCUGAAUAUCUUCACUUCCUAUUCUCACAGUCCAUUGGAGUUGACAGUCCUCAGCACCUUUCAGGGUUGGUGCUCAGCCUCUACUCCAGCAAAAUAUCCACUAAUUUCAAUGGGAGUCUUGUCAGAAAAGGACUGAACCCUUAAUUUCUUGCACUGUAUUUUUCUGUACAGAGAUGCAGACUGUGAAUUGACAGUUUUGUAUCCUGGAAUUACUUUAGAAACUUCUAAAGUGUAUUUAAAAAGAUGCCAGAUUUCACUGCAAUACUGGAUUUGUUUGUUGGAUUAAUUUCUGCAGCCUGCUAACUCGAACCUGCUUUACUAGCAGAAAAAGAAAACCUUAAAUUACUGCCUUGUCCACCUGUUCCCACACCCACCUAUCACGCUGAAAUCCGUAGUGCAUAAGAAUUCAGAAAUAAACAUUCCACAAUCAAGAGAUUGCAAACUGUUAACAUUGGGGCCAGUUGAAGGGACCCCUGCGCUUGGGGUUGGCUAUGGGGGUCACCUAGGUUAAAACUGGGCUAGUGCCAGCAGGCUGAGAGGAUGCACAGAUUAUGGCUGGGGUUAGAGUUGGGCCCAGCUAGGGGGGGCCCUCUGGGCUAGAGGUGGGGCCAGUGCCCCUAAUGUCAGGGUAGGGUCUGGCUGAGUGGGCCCUGAGAUAGCACCUACCCUAACCCUGCCUUGAUUUAAGGGGGACUUGGGCUAGGGUUGGGGCCAGGAGCAACAGGCUGAACCAGCUCUCUAAGCUGUUAUGACUCCACAGAGAUCUGUGCUAUGCCCUGGCCUUUAAAUGGUCUCCUGGGAGUAACCCCUUACCAGUGUCUGACCCCAAGGGCCCACACUUUUCCACAAAGACAGGCUACAUGGCCUCAACAACUACUGGACUGGGCCUUUGGGCUCCAGAACCCCUGUUUCUCAUCAUGAGCUCCUACUGUAAGUCCAACUCAGGGCUGGUCUAUGCUGAAAACUUACAUCAGCAUAGCUUCAUCUCUCAGGAUGAAAAAUCCACACCCUGAGAGAUGUAACUUAGCUGUGCUGACCUAACCCUCCAGCGUCGACAGUGCUGGAAUUCUUCCAUCAACCCAGUUACUGCCGCUCAGUGCGGUGGGUUAACUACAGAAAUGGGAGAACCCCUUCUGUCACAGUAGCGCUUCAUGUAGACACUCACCAAAGUGGCACAAAUGCAGCAGUGCUGCUGUAGCAUUUUAAAUGUAGACAUACCCUUAGUUCAGACUUUUGCUGAGCCUUUUUCUUCUUAGGGAGUAAUGCAGAAAGUAUUUGGGAUGGAUGCAGGACAGCCUUGUCAAAACAAAGUAGCAUUUAUUAGUCAUCUGGAAUGCCACAUGGAAGAGUCCCUAGGUUAGUCUGGCUAAGUUCUGCUUUAGACAGAGUUUGUAUUGGUGAGAGCCAUGGCACAAGAUGUCAUGUUCUGCUGAGAUCCAACUAAUAUCUCUGUCCUUGUAUGUCCUUGCUCUUUUCACAGCAGAACUGUAAGAGUAGUCUGUUCACACCUGAACUUCCUUUGUUUCCAGCUGUGGUCUUUUCACUUUCCUUCCUUGCACAGUUAGGAGGAGCAGUAAUAGCCUGGUCCUUGGCUCUUCCAUUAUCGCUGCAGGAUUUUCCAUACAUGUGCGUAGAUUCCAGAAGAUUCUUGAUAAGCUGUCUGGUUCUAAUCCAGGGAACAUUCAUAACACAGACCCCUUCCUUGUAUCAGGGAGGAAGUAAACUUUUCAUGCCAUAUUGGAUAUGGAUAAAUAGUGCACAGCUACAGAGGCACACAUAUAGUUCAUAAAAAUCUUUUAAAAAAUUCCCACAUUACCAUCAGCCCCAAAGGAGGUUUGGGGCCAGCAGCGGCCCCCGCGUUAGAUUUUUGGGUCAUAACUAGUCAGGGACCCAGGGUUAGGGCCAGGGCCAGCAAGAGACUUGGGACUAGGUUUGGGACUGGCUGGGAGCCCUGAGCUAGGGUAGAUUUGGGGUCUCCUAGGGGCGCCUUCUAGGUAGGGGCUAGCAGGGCCCCCCCGGGCAAGGGUGAGUGUUGGGGCUAGCUUAGCGUAAAGGUUGGGAAUGGCCAGGGGCCCAGUAUAAGUUUAGGAUUGGGGCUCUCAGAGGGCCUGGGGUAGGGUUAGGGGUGGGAAUGAUGGGGUUAUUGAUAGGAUUGGGGUGGGCAGGGGGCCCUGAGAUGGGGUUAGAGGUACCUGGGCUAAGGUGAGGGCAGGGGCUGGAAUGGGAACCUGGUUAAGAUGAGGGUUGGCGGUGGCUAGGGCACCCAGGUGAGGGAGGGAGCUGGGCAGGGUCUCUUGGCUAGAAUGAGGGUUAGGGCCAACUGGGGUCCCCAAACAAGGGUUGGGGUUUGGGUCAUGUUGUAUUAAUUUAGAUGGAACAAAUGGGCCAAAAGUGUUAACGUAACCCAGUGCAGUUCAACAUUAAACAGUGUUAAACAACGUUUGGGGUUUGUCAUAAAGACCUCAGCCUGCUUAGUUGUUUGGUGGCAAACACACCAUUAAAUAUCCUUGUAACCUUUUAUUAAAGAUACAGGAAAGACGGAAAACCAAUUAAAGCUUUUAAAAUAUAAAGUACUGAAUAAGGUUUUCAUUUUAACAGCAUCACUUGUUCCCUUAUAGCUGGAGAGAGUUUUUAGAAGGAAAAGUCCCAUUGUUUGACAGUCUUAGAUGGGAUUAGAGAUGUUAAUAACUGUCCUUUAGCGGAAAAGAGAAGAAGUUAGUUGAGAUGAACUGGAGCUGUUGUUAAAAUCCAAUCCAGUUUCCUAGACGGCAGAAUAAAAUAACCCUGCACAAAUGGGGAGAGGAAAGAAUGGCAAAGAAAGAAAAUGCAGCAUCUGUCUCUGGUGUUGACUCUCACUUGCUACCUCACUGCUGGAGAAACACAGGCAUAGCAUACAAUCUUAUCAGCCACUCUGAGACCUGGCAAACUUGUACCAGCACCAGGCUGUUAGGGCCUCGCUUUUGGUUGUCUCUUCCUAGUCACAGCAGGGAGAGAGACAAAACCUCACAUCCCAGAUUGUGUUUGGGAUUCAGCCAGAGCCAGUGGAGAUGGUGAUAUCAUCUGGGUUCCUCCCUGGCCCAGCCUGUUCAGGACAUCUGUCAGGAUCAGGAUGGUGAAGGCCUGGGGUCCCAGGAGGUGGCUUGGAUAGUGGCCAUGAUGGUGGAGCUCACUUCAGUAGCCAGUGGUUUUCCCGAAGUCUUUAAGGACCCCCAAAAGGAAGUGAUGUGUGGAAUAGCCCAUCCCUUCAGUAUUUUGCCCACCAGUUAGGGCUAGUUUCCAGCACACCAGUUUUGGCUCACUAAUUUCUGGUUCCACAUUUCUCUUGUUUACCAGCGUGAUCUUAACACAUGCCUUGAGCUAUGGCCAUAGGCCUUUUUGUUUACACUAGUUGUCUCCCUUUUGUACCUUUUCCCAUGCACACUGGCUGUUCUAGGUUAUUGUGAACAUCUUAUGAACUUACAUUGACUUUUUACGUUCAAAUUCACAAUUAGGGUAAAUUAGCAGUCACGAGGGGGCCUAAAGGUAGGGUUAGGUUUGGGGCUGGCUGGGGGCAAGGGUCACACUGGGGUCUCUGGGUUGGGGGUGGGGCCAGUAUAGGGCCCUAGGUUGGGUUAGGUUUGGUGCCUUCUGAGACCAUAGGUUGGGAAUGGGGCCAACUGGGGGCCCAAGGCUGACAUGGGGCCCUAGACUAGGUUUAGUGUUAUGGCUGGAGGCCCCAGGCUA